AAGAACAACAUUUAUUAAAAAUUAUAUUUAUUAAAAAACUUUUUUUACAUACAAUUAAGUAGAAGAAUUUUAUUUUUAUUUUUAGGAAAUACUUUCAUACUAAAUAAUUUAUCUUAUUAAGAUGUGUUCUAUUGGGUUAAUGACAUCAGAUGCUUGCGAAGGCCAACAAGAUGUUAUUGAAACUUUAAGCAAUGAAGAAAAAAUAAUUAUAUCUUUACGCUGUAAUAUUGAAUUAUCAAACUUAGAAAUUUUAUGUGAAAGACAUAAUACAAAAUAUUUGAAAAUGUAUCCUAUAUGGCAGAAAGCUUGUUGUGAUCCAUUCAAUAGACAUACAAAGAAAAUCACAAAAAAUCUUGGCGUAGUUACAAUAAAAGAGUCACAAGUCAUGAUGAGAAAUUGUUUGAAUAUUCCUCCUGGGAAGAAACUUUGCAAACCUUGUAAACAAAAGAUUGCCAGAAAAAAAGAACUUACAGAAGAGGAGCAAAGUAAGAGUGAACAAGAUGAGGAUUUUCUAAUAUCACCAUGCAAAAAAAUAAGACAGGAGAUCAAUAAAGAACUCAAAAAUUUUAGUUUAUCUCCUCUAAAAUCUCAUUCAAAAUCAUUAAAACAUAUACUGUCAGAAGGAAAGCAAAAAGUUGCAUGCAUCAACGAAAUGGCGUAUAACGCUACUAGAAAAAUUGAAACUCAAUUUUCCUCAAAACUAUGUUAUGAAACCAAUGGGAUGAAAAAGAAGGCUGCAAACUUUGAUGAAAUUAUGAGCUUGGUAAAAGAAAAAAUUCUAUGUUCUGACAAACGAACUAUUGUUUGCAAAUUUAUAAGCCAAAGUUUUUGAGUUUAUUACAGUAAUUUAUGCUUAAACAAAUUAUUAGAUUACUAUCACACUUGUCAUAACCAAAAAAUGAGCAUAAAUGUAGCAUAUUUGUUACAAUAUUACUUAAGGGGUGCAACUUUAUUCUGUUAGAUCAUUAAUAAAAGCAUCUAAUUGAAUAUUACUUUGUGUGUACAACUUUUUACUUAUAUAUUCAGGUUUAUUAUAUCCAGAUCAUUUGAUUGGUAAUUUUUUAUUAUUUGAUCAAGGU